CAGUCUGAAACAGCAGCAGGGUAGUCUCCUUCAGGACUGCUUUGAGCAGAAGGAGCUCGAACUUCAGCAGGAGGAGAACUAUGUAACUCAGCCCCGUUACUCCGGUGAAACCAUGGCAACGGAGGGACAGAGAGUGGUGCUGAUCACCGGCUGCUCGUCCGGUAUCGGGCUCGUGAUCGCCGUGACGCUCGCGAGAGACGAGAUGAAGCGCUACUACGUCAUAGGCACCAUGCGGGAUCUGAAGAGGAAGGAUAAGUUGGUUGAAGCGGCGGGAGACGUGUACGGUAAAACUCUGUCUCUGCUCACGCUGGACGUCUGCAGCGAUGAAUCUGUCAAACAGUGUGUGGACAGCGUCAAAGAUAGACAUAUAGACAUACUGAUUAAUAACGCUGGCGUGGGUCUGGUGGGGCCGCUCGAGGGGCUCAGGAUGGAGGACAUGAUGAAGGUGUUCGAGACCAACUUCUUCGGCGCGGUGCGUAUGAUUAAAGAGGUGAUGCCCGACAUGAAGAAGAGGCGCUCGGGACACAUCAUCGUCAUCAGCAGCGCCAUGGGUCUGCAGGGCGUGGUGUUUAAUGAUGUUUACACCGCGUCAAAGUUUGCCGUGGAGGGCUUCUGUGAGAGCCUGGCCGUCCAGCUGCUCAGGUUUAACGUCACUAUGUCGAUGAUCGAGCCCGGGCCCGUACACACUGAGUUUGAAAUGAAGAUGUUUGCAGACGUUUCUAAGAAAGAGUAUGCUGGCACGGAUCCAGAGACGCUCCACCACUUUAGGACCUUCUACCUGCCCAGUGCAGCCAACAUCUUCCAAAGCCUGGGCCAAACCCCCGAAGACAUCGCCAAGUGUACUAAGAAGGUGAUCGAGUCUCCGCGGCCUCCGUUCCGUAACCUGACCAAUCCUCUGUACACUCCCAUCGUGGCGCUGAAGUACGCGGACGAGACGGGAACCCUGUCGGUCCACACCUUCUAUCACAUGCUGUAUAACCUGGGAGGAGUCAUGAAUGUUAGUCUGAGAAUCAUGAAGUGUCUGAGCUGUGGAUGUUUACGGAGCCGAGCCGCUUCACCAACCUAACACACACCUAACACACACCUAACACACACAUCACACCUAACACACACCUAACACACACCUAACACACACAUCACACCUAA